AUGGGGAAGAUAACCUUCUACGAGGACCGAGGCUUCCAGGGCCGCUGCUAUGAGUGCAGCAGCGACUGUCCCAACCUGCAGACCUACUUCAGCCGCUGCAACUCCAUCCGCGUGGACAGUGGCUGCUGGAUGUUGUAUGAGCGCCCCAACUACCAGGGCCACCAGUACUUCCUGAGGCGCAGGGACUACCCUGACUACCAGCAGUGGAUGGGGCUCAGUGACUCCAUUCGUUCCUGCCGCCUCAUCCCCCACCAGACUGGCUCUCACCGGCUGAGAAUCUAUGAAAGAGAAGACCACAAAGGUCUCAUGAUGGAGCUCAGCGAGGACUGCUCCUGCCUCCAGGACCGCUUCCACCUCAGUGAGGUCCACUCCCUGCAUGUGCUGGAGGGCUGCUGGGUCCUCUAUGAGAUGCCCAACUACCGGGGACUCCAGUACCUGCUGAGACCCCAAGAAUACAGGCGCUACCAUGAUUGGGGGGCCAUGGAUGCUAAGGCAGGCUCCUUGCGGAGAGUUGUGGAUUUAUACUAA